AUGCGCGCGGCCACGCGCACCUGCACCAUAGCCGACGGCGACGGCCACGCGCGGGCCGCGUGGGCGCACCGGCCGCAACGCCAACUUGCGCGCGCGGACGGCGGGUCAUCCCGGGCGGUGCGGCAUGCAGCCAGAGGUAGAGGCUGGGAGCGCGCCUGCGCGGUGACCGGAGUUCCUGCACAUGCAUCGGUUGCUGAGGGAGAUCGAGAAGAAAAGAGGAGCUUGCUGCUUGGUGCAGAGCAGCAGCAGCAGUUGUUUUCCUCCUCUUGGUCACCGAUUCAAGAUUUGAAGGCUAGUAGCAGGCUGCAAGCUGUUUUCUCUUCUUCGGUGACAACAGCUCGGUGUCUUUGCUUUCCUGUUUUGAUUUGGAGAAUCCGGAGAGUACCGAGCCAUAUCCAGAGGAGGAUAGUGACUACCCUCAGCAGGAAGGUGAGGAUUCCGGGUAUGAGUUGUGCUUCUUGUGUGGUCACUGCUCUGCCGGGGGUGGCGAGGGCAGUGAGUGAUCCCUUCUCUUGCAGCUUGGCUCUUGCCCGGUUGGUUUGCCCUUGUGGGGUUGUGGCACCGCCGGCUUUCGUUUUAUGCUUAUGAGCUUUAUUUGAGUCUUCCGCUGCUACUCCUUCUGUGUAUGUUGGGACCUUGGACCCUAUGUUGUAUCAUGUACCUUGCCACUUAUUAUCCAUGAUAUGGUACUGUUAUGACUAUUAAUUGCUUACGAUGAAAAUGUGAGGCUAGUCGCAUUCCUGGGGACUAGCUAAGCAUGAGUAAUGGGUUUUGAUCGCUUGAGAUAAUCGGAGAUAGCGGUUUGGAUCGAGUCACUGGGGUAUACUUUUAGUCGCUACCUUCGAGUAGUUGAUGGGCAUAUGACGGAGUAGACUGGCAAACUAUCUUACGGUUAUGUCUUGCGCUCACUACUCGGCAUUCCGAUUAUUAUAACAGAAGGUUGUCAACCGUGAUCAUGGACACAUUGAGGACGAGUGGCUAUUUAUGCGUGUGUGGAUCUCACUCCUCUAAUAGUAUGUGAUGGUCACGCUGAAUAUUGG